AUGGAUCACCAUGGCGGAUCGUAUGCAUCGCCUUGGGCUGCUGUUUUAAGUCAUCACGGAAUGCCUGGAAGUGAACAUCAUCCGGGUUUUGCCGCUGCACAUCAUUCAAACUACAGUGUUCCUAUGGAUUUACAUGUUCCUCAAAGUUUUUCAUACUACAGAUAUCGCGAAGAUCCUUUUUGUUGGGCUGAAAGAAAACCAACGUUGGAAGAAGUACAAGCUGCGAGUUCAGCAAAUCAACGCAUUUUGGAAUUACGAAAGGAGAAAAGUCGCGAUGCAGCAAGAAAUCGUCGAGGCAAGGAAAAUUACGAAUUUUACGAGUUGGCGAAGAUGUUGCCGCUUCCCGCUGCGAUUACGAGUCAACUUGACAAGGCAUCCAUCAUAAGACUGACAAUUAGUUACCUAAAGUUGCGUGAUUUUUCGCAGCACGGAGAUCCAUCGUGGACUCGUGAUUCGCUCUCAACGAGCAGCAAAAUAUUGAAAAGUGCAUCAGCACGUCGUACCGCUGCGGGAAUGGCUGUCGAACUGUUCGAACAACAUCAAGGAACGCACAUUCUCCAAAGUUUAGAUGGAUUUGCGUUGGCUGUCGCUGCUGACGGACGCUUUUUGUACAUUUCGGAGACAGUUUCAAUUUAUCUCGGAUUGUCACAGGUUGAAAUGACAGGCAGCUCCAUCUUCGACUAUGUGCAUCACGGAGAUCAUGCAGAAAUCGCCGAGCAACUUGGCUUAAGUCUCGCCAGCGGAAAUACGGGAAUGAAUUCGCCGCAUUCGAUACAUUCAGACGAGCCGGGAUCAUCUCAUGGCACGAACAAUCCAGACGUUGCUGCUCAAAUGACAUUAAGCUCAAAUAGUGCUUACAAAGGCUACGAUCGAGCAUUUUGCAUCAGAAUGAAAUCAACUUUAACAAAAAGAGGAUGUCAUUUCAAAUCUUCUGGAUAUCGGGCGUCGGAAGAGGCAAGCGAAAAAUUAACGGUUGUCAAUCCGGGCGGGAAAGGCGGUAAAACGACAUCGAAUCAUUAUGUGGUCGUUUUGGUACUUUGUCGUCUCCGAACGCAAUACAAUUUCACACAAUCUAAAAAGUCACAACCACAAUUGAUGGGAAUUGUUGGAUUAGCUGUUGCUUUACCUCCGCCAUCGAUUCAUGAGAUAAGGUUAGAGUGCGAUAUGUUCGUUACAAGAAUUAAUUUUGACUUUACCAUUGCGCAUUGUGAACCAAGAGUUACAGAUUUGUUAGAAUAUACUCCUGAAGAGCUCUUGGGGCGAAGUAUUUAUUCCUUAUGUCACGGUGAAGAUGCUUCAAAACUCAGAAAAUGUCAUACUGAUUUGAUCAACAAAGGACAAGUUCUCACACAUUACUAUCGAAUUAUGAACAAAAACGGCGGAUACACAUGGAUUCAAACAUGCGCGACGGUUAUUUGCAGUUCGAAGAACGCUGAUGAGCAAAAUAUCAUUUGUGUCAACUACGUUGUGAGUCGCAAAGAAAACGCAAAUCUCAUUUUAGACACUUGCCAAAUGGAUUCCGUGAAAUUGGAAGAUAUGGAAACGUCUCGCAUGGAACAUAGUUCAGAUUCGCCAGGUAGCGGUCCAUCGAAUGAGGGAAAUAACGGAAGAAAUGCACGAAAUUCGACAGAUUUGAAGUCUUCAAAGGCAAAAAGUAGGGAGGAACGACAAAGUCGAAGAGCAAAUGCUGUCAAUGGAGGCGAUGGAAAUACAACGAAUUUAAAUUUAGCAACAGAAAAAGUUACUGAGCCACAGCAAAGUACACGAGGAAGAAAGAGAAAAGUCAAGUACGUGCCAACGACGAAGGAAGAAGAGGAAAAUGAAGGAGUUUCAAGUGCAAAAAUUGCGAAUAUUGAAGAAAAUGGAGGAGCGGAUGAAAGUAAUCGAGCAGAAACUUCGGUGAAAGAUUUGGAAACUGCAAUGUCAAAACAUUUGCCAUCGACAACAGAUUUCAGUACAGACACACUUUUGAAGCAUCAACAACAAGCGCAGCAAAGUCCCGAGAAAUCUUGGAGCAAUACAGGACAUUUUCAUCAACAAACAGGCGCUCCAAUGCCUGCUACAGCUUUGUUACGACAACUUUACGCAAAUCGUGAGAGUGUUAUUCGUGCUACAACGUCUCGAUCGGGUAAUGGAAGCUUCUAUCCAGAAACGAUUCAAUCAAGUGCAUUACCAACUCCCCCGGGCAGUGAAUCCUCUUACGAUACGCAAUACACAACUUUACAUCAUCAAAAACCCUCAGAUGCAUUCACGAAUCUCGUUUCCGCUUACGGAACAUAUUCAUCCGCCGCAAUGGAGUAUCAAAGUGCAAUGACGCCCCCAUCUUCGGUGUCUCCUCGUGAUUCUUCCUCGCAUCAUGUCGCCAAUAAACAUUCGUCGACAUACGAUUCGUACAUUUCUUCAGUUUAUUCGGAGCAAAAUUCUUCGGAAUCGUCGUUGCCGCCAUUGCCAUUGAAGCCACAGGCGUAUUCAGCAGCUGCAGCGAUGCACAGUUCAAUUGCCGAUAGUUACAGCAGUGCAAUCGAUCAAUCGCAAUACUUUCCGCAUCCAACGGGAUUUCAUUUGUAUCACAAAGGACAGGGAUGGUAUUCGACGCCGACUUAA